AUGUCCCACGCUCAACCCGGCGAAAGCCGCAGCAGUGCUGAACGCUACACUGAACAGCGAACGCCCCCCGACUCUCCCAGUACGAGUCAGCACACCCACAGCUCGCCUUCGACAAGCCCGUCGUUCAAGUUCGACUCGCCCCCGCGCGCAUCCACCGCCGGGUCGGCUACUUGGUCCCCGCCCCCCUCGGAACGGGACGACAAGUCUCAGUCGCAUGGGUCCGACCAAGAAGCAACGUCAGAGCCCAAAGCAGCGUCGGCCACGUCGUCCCCGGCUCAAAGCGACUCCAAGCGACCCCCCGUUCGUCGUUUCGGUCGCGUGACUAGGCUCAGGGGUCUGGGCUCCUCAACCGGCGAGAGCAAUGACGGAGACCGCGAGAUCGAAUGGGCGGGGUUAAAGGACUUUUUCCUCGCGCCGUUGACCGACGACAUUGACACGACGGUCGUCCCAGAGAUCGUGUGGGAAGACGGAAAGCCGAGGUUGGUGAGUGCGCGCAGGGCACCGGCACAUGAUGGCCAUCGGUCUCUGGUGAACGUGCCCGAGCUAAGUUUGACCACCGAGUGAACAGAAGAGUCGAGGUCGCUUGCUGAGCUUUCAAGAAGACAACCAAAGCGUCCAAGUUUAUGAUCCUUCGGUUAUCCCGGAUGUCGUCCUCCUCACUCGCGAAGCCUUCGAGGCCGACCCCAGCCUGGUAGCUACCUGGACAUCGGACGACGAGGACGGCUACGAUGAUACGCGGUCGUGGUCACAAGUUGCUGCCGUCGCCGAAUUUGACAAUGGGCCGAUGACCGACUCGGACUCCGAAUCCGAGUCCGAAACCGGGUCCCUUCCUCAGCGCAUCCGAGAAUCGCUUCGCACGCUCGUUACGCACUCGCUCCGAUCUCACGCAUUCGGGUUCGACCUCUACGAAAACAUUCUCGAGAUCGUGCUCCAUACUCCAAGUGGUCGUUUUUGCAGCCCCGUGAUCUACUGUACCGAAGCGAAUGGUUACCUGUCGACCUUUCUGGCGAGACUGCUCAGCCUGAGCGAUCGUGAGCUCGGUGUCAUCUCCUCACUCUUUGACCGUGCUGGUCCGGCGUCUUUCUCAAUUGCCUAGUCCGAGCUUCCACCUCGGGUUCCACGUUUUCACAAGCGCUGCUCGGGCUCUCCUCGUCUCGAAGACAUCAGAAUCCUAGAAACACUCUUCCAGUCCGCUUCCAUCUUUGGACGUCACACCUCCGCGUUCCGCGUUUCAGCCGGCCGCGAAGGGUCGACUGCGCAUACCGAGUACGCAAUGACGGUCUCCUUUGUCGAAGAAGCUCGCUGCGACGAGCACGAUCGUAUCCGUCUCACCAUCGCCAACGCGUCACCCGACGAUCGACAAGGGCUCACCAACGUCGUCGACGUGUAUCGCGAGCGCGACUUUGUCGUCGUUCCCCGAUUCUUCCCCGAUACUCUCGACGCCAGCGAGUGGGGUCUCAAGCCGCGAGCGUUGGAGGUGACAUUCCAUGAACAGUGCUUUGAACCGAUCUGCGUCGUCGAUUCGACCAAAGCGUUGGCACGCGUUAUUCUGGGUGCCGUUCAAGGUCGGGGACGCUCCGUCUUACUCUGUGAUAUGCUUUCCUCGCGCCCUUGGCUGAUCAUGGUGGCAUCUAUCCACUGCAGGCCUAGACAGUCUUUACCGCCUGCGUAUCCUUCAUCGGGACGUCUCCGCAUCGAACGUCAUGGUCACAUCGGACGGUAACGGCGUGCUGAUCGAUUACGACACUGCGGUGUUCAUGGACGGCCCGGAGGGGGAGGCGGAACGCCAGAAAAACGCUGUGAGUACUUUUCUGGCCCAACCAAGGCUAGUUUCGCCACACUGGGCAUCGACUAGUGCUGAUGACGGACCGCGGAGAACUGAUAACGCCAGGGGACGCUGGCAUUUCGUGCAAGAGAACUGGUCGAGGAGUACGAAGGGCGACCAGCGUUCUUUCAUGAGCCAUGGCAUGAUAUUGAAUCGUUGGUCUAUGUGAUCGUGUACACCGUUUUCAUCAUGCCCAGUGGACCCGAUGACUCGAGCGAGCUGUCCGAGGACGUCAAGAGCAUCUGGAGGCAGUGGAACUCGCAACUCGGAGCCGUCAACUCGAAAGACGAGCUCUUCUUAGCGCCGUGGGGUGCGCGACAUUGGUUCGAGCCCUUCAAGGAGUUUUGGAAAGAGGAUCUGCGGGCGCUCGUGCAGACGGUCGCCAAGUAUUGCGGUCUGGGUGUGCAGCGCAGCUCGUGGGCCGCGCAGGUCGACGAAGCCGCCAUCCUCGAACCUCUUUGGGCAAGCGGCGAAUUCUCGCACGGCCUGCUAGCCUCGGGCUUGGAUGCUUUGAUCGAGCGCAUCGUCGAGGGGACCGCGCGGGACAGGGCACCGUCUACGGUCCAGGGGGGAGACAGGACGCGCUCUGAUCUUGUAGCAUGA